GUUCCUCUGGGCCACCUGCUCAGGCUCGGUUCUACAGACCGGUUCUGACCGAAUGGAGGACCUGAUGCGUUCAGGGUCCUGAUACCGGUAUCAGGUCCGAACCAGCCUAAAACCGGCCCCGGUGCGUUCAGCUUGUUUUCCGCCUGCAGACUGUCGUGUCCUCCCGUCCAGCAGGGGGAGCCUCUGAGCCGCUCAGUCAGCCCCAACAGGAGGUUCUAAAAGCGGGUUCCCUUGAACUGGACCUCGGGUCCACGCUCCGGUUCGAACAGAACCUCCAGCUUCAAGAUGAGUCCGACUCCUCCCAGAACCGUCUUCCCCGACCCGAGUGGACCACAGGACUCCCCGCCCAAGGCUCCGCGCAGGCUGAGCUUCAGUGGGAUCUUCAGGGCCUCCAGGGAGUGGAACCAGCAACCCGGGUCGACCCACAAGCUGAUUGGACGGAACCACAGAGACAAGGCCAGAGCCCCCUCCUCCCACAGGCAGGUGGGCGGUUUCCACCUGGAGACGUACCUGACGGAGCCACGGCGCCCAGAGGCCAGCAGGCCGCGCUCCUACUCCUCCCCUCCUGACGCCGCUCACCUGGCUACCUCCACCUGCAGCUCUCCGCCCCCUCAGGCCCCGCCUCCACCUGCCUCUGCUCACACCUGGAGCCAGGUGGAGGUCGCUGGCGGCAUGUCGGAGCAGCCGGAUCAGACGGAACCCGGAGAUGCCGGAUCCGAGGAGUCGGAGAGAGACAUCUACAUGCGGUUCAUGAAGUGCCACAAGUGCUACGACAUCGUCCCCACCAGCUCCAAACUGGUGGUGUUCGACACAACGCUGCAGGUGAAGAAGGCCUUCUUCGCGCUGGUGGCUAACGGGGUGAGAGCAGCUCCUCUGUGGGAGAGCAAGAAGCAAAGCUUUGUGGGAAUGUUGACCAUCACAGACUUCAUCAACAUCCUGACCAGAUACUAUAAAUCCCCCAUGGUGCAGAUCUACGAGCUGGAGGAGCAUAAGAUCGAGACGUGGAGAGAGCUGUACCUGCAGGAGACCUUCAAACCUCUGGUGCACAUCUCACCUGACGCCAGUGUGUUCGAAGCGGUCCACUCCCUGAUAAAGAACAAGAUCCACCGGCUUCCUGUCAUCGAUCCGAUCAGCGGCAACGCUCUCUACAUCCUGACUCACAAGAGGAUCCUGAAGUUCCUGCAGCUCUUUGUGUGUGAGAUGCCCAUGCCGGCCUUCAUGAAGCAGACACUGGAGGAACUUGCGGUGGGAACGUACUCCAACAUUGCCUACAUCCACCCCGACACACCGCUCAUCACGGCCCUGUCUGUGUUCACACACCGCCGGGUCUCUGCGCUGCCCGUGGUGGAUCAUAGCGGGAAGGUGGUGGACAUCUAUUCCAAGUUUGACGUGAUUAACCUGGCAGCUGAGAAGACCUACAACAAUCUGGAUGUGACGGUCACCCAGGCUCUAAGACACAGAUCGCAGUACUUUGAAGGCGUCAUGAAGUGCAACAAGCUGGAAACGCUGGAGACCAUCGUGGACCGGAUCGUGAAGGCUGAGGUCCACAGGCUGGUCGUGGUUGACGAUGAGUCUCAUAUCAUUGGCAUCGUGUCGCUGUCGGACAUCUUGCAGGCGCUGGUUCUGAUGCCUGCUGGACUGGGGAGGAAGGAGUCCAUCACCUCCCAACCAGAACCCCUGAACCCAGCGGAACCAGAACCAACAGCUCCAAAUGGGUCGGACCAGGACCCUGUUCUGGAGCCGGAGGCAGAAAGCAUCCCGGGACCAGGAGGCGAGCCAGAGACAGAAACUGAAACUGAUCACAACCAGGACCAGAACCAGGACCAGGAAAAGAACCAAGACCAGAACCAAGACCAGGACCAGGAAAAGAACCAAGAGCAGGACCAGAACCAGGAAAAGAACCAAGACCAGGACCAGAACCCAGACCAAGACCAGGACCAGAACCAAGACCAGGACCAGAAUCAGAACCAGGAAAAGAACCAAGACCAGGACCAGAACCAAGACCAGGACCAGAACCAAGACCAGGACCAGGAAAAGAACCAAGAGCAGGACCAGAACCAGGAAAAGAACCAAGACCAGGACCAGAACCCAGACCAAGACCAGGACCAGAACCAAGACCAGGACCAGAAUCAGAACCAGGAAAAGAACCAAGACCAGGAAAAGAACCAAGACCAGGACCAGAACCCAGACCAGGACCAGAACCAGGAAAAGAACCAAGACCAGGACCAAAACCAAGACCAGGACCAGAAUCAGAACCAGGACCAGAACCAGGAAAAGAACCAAGACCAGGACCAAAACCAAGACCAAGACCAGGACCAGGACCAGGAAAAGAACCAAGACCAGGACCAGGAUCCCCAAGGAGCCACAGAGGAAGCUCCUGAGAGCGGCCAGCAGGGGGAGCCAGAGGAGGAGGAGGUGGCAGGCGGGGAUGAGGGGGAAGAGGGAAAGUGACAUCAUCACAGUGCUUCCCCUUGGACUCUGACGACCCACCGCGCUCGGGUCAAACCACAGAAGAAGAAUCAGGACAGGGUGGACUGUGAUUGGACUGCUGCUCAGGUGGGCAGAGCCAGACUAACAUGCUGAUGCCAAUCAGAGGAAGGUUCUGGUUCUGCCUGCUGGGUUCUGGAGAAGCUUCAGGAAGAUUGGUUGCCAUGGCAAUGGAUUGGUCCUCUAGCCCCUCCUGGUGGAAGUCUGUCACUGCAGCCUCAUAACAGCCAUGAAGCUCUACCACAAACAGAACCGGGUCACCCUGAACAUCUGGACCUUCUGAUGGUGGCAGAAACAUUUGAAUGAGCCAAUCACUGUUGAGCUGCUGCAUCAUUUCCUGUUUCACUGACGUAGCCAAUCACAGGUUGUUACUUUGGUGGAAAAUGAUUUUAUUCUGGAAAGUGUUGUUUCUACUUCCUGCUGUACUGUAAGGGGGCGGGGCCCCAGACAGUUUGGACCAAUCAGAUGAGAGAAUAUUUAACUUUGUAUAUUCAUAUUUUACUGUUCCCAUAGAGACAGAGAAAUGUAGUAUUUAACAGCUGUGAUGUCGUCAUGGUGCGUCUGUGACAUCACAGUUUCCAUAGUGAGUCGCUUUGCUGCUGCUGUGAAAACGAAUUAAAACUGCUGAUCUGAGA